AUGUCUGAUGAGUGUCUGCUGGGACUGAUCUUUCUCUCUUCACUUCUCACAGGUACCAGGGGAGUGGAUGAGACUCAUGUGUUCAUCAGUUCUGGUGAAGAUGUUCAUCUGCCCUAUGUCCAUCUGUCCUGUAAUAAUGCUCUUCCAGACUGUAACUCAACUACAUGGAACUAUAACAGAUUCAGACAUUCAGCAACAGAUGAACUGAUUGCUUUAGGGAAAAAGAAGAACAACACAGAGAGACAUGAGAGACUGAGUCUGGGGCCUGACUGCUCUCUGAACAUCAGGAACAUCUCAACAGAAGAUUAUGGAUCUUACACCUGCAGACAAUAUGUGAAUGGAGAACAACAAGGAACUGAUGCUCGUGUUUAUCUGCAUGUUCUUCAUGUCUCUUCAUCAUCCUCCUCAUCCUCACAGACUGAGAUCAGUGCAGGCCGCUCUGUGACUCUCUCCUGUCAGUUGUAUUCAUAUGCUGGAGACUAUUGUGAUGAUUGGAUCAGUUCUGAGAGAACUGAGCUGUUCUGGGUAAAUCAGGCUGGUGUUAAACUGAUGAGAUCAAACUCCAGAUAUCAGAUAUUAUCUUCAUCAGAUCACUGUAUCAUCACUCUGACUACAACACUC